AGAGAGAGAGAGAAAGAAAGAAGAUGUUGCUGCAGGUUUUAAUUUUUAAUUUUUUGUUUAAAAGAUUUAAAUUAAAUAAAAAAAAAGUUUUUCGAAAACCCAUUCAUUCAUUAAUCUGUUUGUUUCUCUCUCUUCUUCCUUCCUAUUGCUCUGUCCCUUUCCUUUGUUUUUCCACUCAAUCCAUGGCACAAAACGUGACCUUCUUCAUUUCUAGAGAGCGAAACUGAGCAACUUUACCUUUAAUAACCGCCACAUUAUUGCAAAUUUUGCACUUCAAAAAAAAAGAAAAAAGGGUUAGAGCAAGAAAAAGGACUGUCCUUUUGCUUUUUUUUUUUUUUAGUUUCUGUCAGUCCUUUUUCCUUUCAUAAAGAAAGCAAAAACCUGAGAAUAAUUUUACUCUGAAGAAGAAGAAGAAGAACUCCAAGCUUGUAUAAGCAUUUCAAAUUUGAAUUUGAAAUUCCAAAAAAAAAAAAAGUGAAAUGAAGGGCUUGUUCAUGUUCUUGGCGAUGAUUUCUGUCUGGAUUUCGAUUUUUGCUUCAUCUUCUUCAUCUCCAGUCGAUGUUAAAGCUGAUCCUCCCGUUGCUGAUCCUGUUCUUCCCAUCCAGAGAGAGCCAUUCUUCAAGAACUCCUCUGAUCUGAUUGCUCAUCCUCCAGAUGUGAAAGUGGUAGUUCACCAUCAGGAUUUGAACAAGAAUCUCCUCAUUGCCCUCGUCGUCUCUUCAUCACUUCUUGCUGCAAUUCUGCUCGGAAUUUCCUGUUUCUUCAUUUACAGAGUGAAGUUCUUGAAGAAAUUCCAUGAAACUGAUCGAAAUUCAGUUGUUAAUUUGUUGAAAAUCAAUGGCAAGAAGGGCUCCAUUGCUGCCAUUGAUUACCAGUUAUUGGUUAUUGCCACGAGCAAUUUCGACGAUUCAAAUAUUCUCGGACAAGGCGGGCUUGGUGUAGUUUAUAAAGCUCAUUUCAAUGAUAACUUCCAUGCCGCCGUUAAGAGGAUAUACGGCGGCGGGCAUGACGCCGUGAGGGAGUUCGAGAACGAGGUCGAGGCGCUGAGUAAAAUUCGACACCAGAACAUAGUUUCUCUUUUGGGCUAUUGCAUACACAACGAAGCACGGUUCUUGAUUUACGAAAUCAUGGAGAACGGCUCGCUCGAUUUCCAUCUACACGGCCCGUCGCACGGAUCGGCAUUGACGUGGCAAAUGAGAAUGAAAAUUGCGCUGGAUGUCGCAAGAGGAUUGGAGUACCUUCACGAGCAUUGCAACCCUCCGGUAAUCCAUCGAGAUCUCAAAUCGUCCAACAUUCUCCUCGAUUCCAAAUUCAACGCAAAGCUGUCCGAUUUCGGGCUGGCGAUGAUUUCCGGAGGAAGCUCGAACAAGGCCAACAUCAAGCUUUCGGGAAGCGUAGGUUACGUAGCGCCGGAGUAUCUACUCGACGGUAAAAGUAAACUUACCGAUAAAAGCGACGUUUACGCAUUCGGCGUGAUUCUAUUAGAGCUUCUGAUGGGAAGACGCCCCGUCGAAAGAGUCUCCGAAGCACAAUGCCAAUCAAUCGUGACGUGGGCGAUGCCUCAGCUGACGGACAGAUCGAAGCUUCCGAAUAUCGUCGAUCCGGCGAUCAAGAACUCGAUGGACUUGAAACAUUUGUAUCAAGUAGCGGCGAUCGCAGUAUUGUGCGUGCAGCCGGAGCCGAGCUACAGGCCGCUGAUAACGGACGUUCUACACUCGUUUAUGCCGCUCGUGCCUGUCGAUCUCGGAGGAUCGCUGAGGCUGACCGAACCCGCCGCCGCCGGCGGCGCGCCGUGAUCGGAGAUUGUAUAGCUUCCACUCUCGCCGGAAAAUUGAAGUUGCUGGUUAAGAAUUGAUUCGAAGAAAUUUUGUUAUGAUCUGUUUUAUUACAUCGUCUCCAUGAUUGUCUCUACUGGAUUCGUCUUUGUAUAUAUAGUUAUUUGAUUUUAUUUCUAUGUUACUUCACAAAAAUUUAGAGAA